ACUGAGUGUGCUACCUCGUGUCAAAGCGACUAACCUCAAACUUUUAACGUUAAAUUUGUUUUCAUGUUCACAAUUUCCUGAAGACAAUCAAGAGUAGCAGACAAACCCUUAUAUUUGGCGUGUUUAUUGAGAACUUAGAAGCUUUUACGGUUGAAUAACUGUCAUCUAGCGGACUGACGAAUCAAGAAAGAAGAGGAACAGGGCUACGGCCCAAAUAUUGAGUGGCCGCGUUUUGGUAUCUGCAACAAUUUAACAUGGAAGCCUUUUUUACGACUUGUCUUUAUCGUUUUUUCUUAUGGUCAACGAAUGACUCUACUGCGAGGUUGCCCAUUUGUUUAUCAAAAUUAUUUACGCAUUUUAUAAAAAAUAUCGUAAAAACAUCAUCGAGCGAUAGGAAAUAUAACACAGCAAAACAAUUGCCGUAAAUGAGCGUCCUCUGACGCAAAUCCAGACUCACCCAACGAUGCACAUUGUUUUUAAAGUUUUCUUAUAAUGGAGGAAUCCAAACCGGAAUCGGCUCCGGUCAAACCAGGGGAAAAAAGAGGCUGUCCGGAGGAUGAUGAAGAGGCUGUGACCAAGAGAGCCCGAGUUGAGAAUGAACAUGAGAAUGGAGCUCCUCAGGAAGCAACUAGCAAUGCUGAAGAAGAAGAAGAGGAGGAGGACUGCAGUGGUGAGACCUUUGCCGACAUGAUGAAGCACGGCCUUACCGAGCUGGAUGUGGGAAUCUGCAAGUAUGUCAGUGAUCACGAAGGCUUCUCAGGAAUUCUUAAGGAGAGAUACUCAGAUUUUGUGGUGCAUGAAAUCAGCAAAGAAGGGAAGAUAGUGCAUUUAGAUGACCUAACUAUACCUAAAGAGGUUGAGGAAAGAGAAGCAGCAGCAGCAGAAGUAGAAUCUCCAGCACCUGAAUGUAGUUUGCUUACUGAGGAGCAAAAGAAGCAGCUUGGGGAUCUGCAGAUGUUCAAGAACAAAGAAAGCUUCGUCUCCAUCGAGGGAGAUGAGUCAAAGGAUAAGCGGACACUCGUACACAAAGCUAUCAAAAUUCAAUUCCCUGGCCUGGAAACAAAGACGGAGGAGAAAGAUGGCCGCAGGUUUAUUGUGGCCUACCAUGCUGCUGGCAAAAAGGCGCUGGCUGAGGUCAAGACAUCUGCAGCACCGAGGAAGCACUCCUGGCCGAAAAACCGCGGCAAUUUCUGCCAUUUUGUCCUUUACAAGGAAAACAAAGACACAAUGGAUGCCAUCAAUGUGCUGUCAAAAUUCCUCAGGCUUAGACCUAAUAUGUUCUCGUAUAUGGGAACCAAGGACAAGAGGGCCAUCACUGUGCAGGAAAUCGCUGUACUAAAAAUCACAGCAGAGAGGUUAGGCCACCUCAACAAGUGCCUGAUGAACCUAAAGCUGGGCAAUUUCUCUUACAAGAAUCACCCGCUGAAGCUUGGAGAGCUGCAAGGAAACCAUUUCACUGUGGUCAUUCGGAACAUCUCGGGAUCGGAUGCCCAGGUCCAUCAGGCCUUGUCGUCACUCAAGCAGACAGGCUUUAUCAACUACUACGGCAUGCAGCGUUUCGGCACCACAGCGGUGCCCACGCACCAAGUCGGCAGGGCCAUCCUGAAGAAUGACUGGAAGCUAGUGGUGGAUCUGAUUCUCAAACCUCGUCCUGGAGCUGAGAAAGAAUUCCUGGUGCGCUGCAGGGAAGAGUGGGCCAAGACUCAGGAUCCGGAUGCGGCCUUGAAGAAGCUGCCCAACAAGCGCUGUGUAGAAGGCCAGCUUCUACGUGGCCUGUCCCAGCAUGGCAAAAAUAACAUCGUCACUGCCUUUGGCCUGAUCCCCCGGAACAACCGUCUGAUGUACAUCCACAGCUACCAAAGCGUGGUGUGGAACACCAUGGUGAGCCGCCGGAUCGACGCUUUCGGGCUGAAGGCCGUGGAGGGUGAUCUCGUGCUACGAGGAACCAAAGCGCACAUAUUGUCAGAGGAGGAGGCAAAGAGCCACUCCAUCCAUGACAUUGUGAUGCCACUUCCGGGUUUCGACGUCAUCUACCCAACGCACCACGUGGGCAAAGGUUACAGAGAGAUGCUGAGUGCAGACGGGUUAGACAUCGAUAACAUGCGACACAAAAUUAAGGACUACUCACUGGCAGGAGCCUACCGACGAGUCCUUAUCAGACCCACUGAUGUCAGCUGGGAGGUGAUCCAGUACGAUGACCCCAAGCUCUCUCUCGUCCACACCGACUUUGAGAAAAUUGAGAACAAACCAGCGCCGGUGUUCAACAAAGAAGGGAAAUACCGCGCUCUUCGUCUGGAGUUCUCGCUGCCGCCUUCGACGUACGCCACCAUGGCCAUUCGGGAAGUACUCAAGUUGGACACCAGCAUCAAGAAACAGACACAGCUCAACACCACGUGGUUCAACUGACUCAGGGAUGACAGACAAUAUUAGGUACCCAUGCACAUGCUAAUUUCGUGCAAGGUGACUGUUGCGCACAACUGCAGGCUGGAAGAUGAUUAGCUAUUUUUUUCCUUUUUACUAUAGAAGGCACUGAUAACAGUGGUUUUUUUUUUUUGACAUUUUAAAUUACUCUAAAACAUGUGUCUAGAGAUAUUUUUUCCCUGCUUACGCAGAGACUUUGCUUUCUUAAAAAAAAAAAAAAACAUAUAUAUAUAUAUAUAUAUAUAUAUAUAUAUAUAUAAUUCAACUGUAAGCGUGACUCUGAGAGGAUGAAUUAAAAUCAUUGAGAAGAUGAUUGUUUCUUUUGUUCACGUCGUGAGUAAACAAUGUGCUUUCAUCCAUGUGCAUAUUAGAAUCGCCAGAAAAUUCAAUGACUAGAUGGAUACAUUGUAUUGGAUUUUUAAUCUCAUUAGAUGCGGAGAAGCAUAGUAUAUCUGCCGUGUUGCUUCCAGCCUAGCUUGCGCCAUGGAAACGCUAGUAUUUGCUUUACCUUUAGUUCCUUUUACACUGUUUGUGUGCGUAUGUUGACUCGCCAGAGAAAAGAUGGGAAUGUAUGUAGAAACAUCUGUUCCCGUAACAACAGCUCGAUGUUAACGUGACCUCUGAACUUUUUGUUUACUGUCGGAGCAUCUCAUUUGUUUACACAGCAACCCCAAGCCAAACUAACGUAGUCAUGUAUCAACAGUGUAAGGGCUAUUGCACUCUGGGAAGAAAAAAAAAAGUAUGCUCUAAGUCUGUCUUUAGAAUAAAGGUGUGAUCUUAUCAGAAAAUUAGUUUUGAAUUUUUAAAUUAAGCAUUGUUUAUUUUUUGGGGGGGAAAAUUAGCGUUAAACAGUUAAACAUUUUGGGGUGAACAAAAUACUAUAAUGUUGGACACAGAUAUAAUAGACACAGAAGUGUUCUUGUUUGGGUUUUGGUUUUGUUUUUUUAAAGGUUGAUUUUUAUGU